UAUUUUUUCGUUCUUUUGAUGGGUAGAUUGGAAAAUAAAAGAGGUAAGAAUUCAAAAUAUCAGUGAUUUCCCCUUAAGUGACCAAAUACUGGGCACUCUACCCUACACUCAAUUUUAGAGUUUCAAAAGUCAAACUCAAAGACCCUUUGCCUUUGUAAAGCCACACAGCAAAAGUGUUUCAUGUUUUUUCCUAGAAAGUAGAAACCUAUGAUUCUACUGCAUGCAUGAUGGAUGAGCAUACUCAGCUUGCUAUGGCCUUGUCCAUAUCAAUGAUAGGGGAUAAGGAGCAAGGUAGCACAGCCAUUGAAGUACCCAUCAAGGAUCCAGCAGUGAAACCAAAGAAGAAGAGAGGCAGGAAAAAGAAGAAAACAGAUGAGGACCCUGAUGAGCAAACCCGGAUUGCCAUGGCGAUAUCGGCAUCCCUGGCUGAUGAGACGAAGCAGAAGAAUAAAGAUCUUGGGAAGAAUGAAGAGAGACCAGGAAAGAAGACCAGGGCUAAGGCUAAAAAAAAGCUCAAGAAGAUUCAUGCUGAAUUUCCAGUUCUGUUAACAAGGCUAGAUGAUGAACGACAGAAAAUUUUGGAAGGACGCAUCAGUGCUCUUCUGGAACCUAAACACUCUGAGGACAUUAUUUUCUCUGACCAUGUGUUUCAACGGAGUAACAUCAGGACAAAAUAUUCAGACCCUGACAGUCGGCCUCUCACAGAGACCUACCCUGGGAAUAUCAGAAUAAAGUCUGGUCUUCAGCUAUGGAAUGCCACAGGAGCAGACCUAUCGUGGAAGCAGACUGGUAGGUCACCCUUUUAUGUAGAGCAGCUGCAGCCAACGAUUGUACCCUUGACUCCAAAAAGCCAUACCAGUCCCAUCUCACAUCAAGUUUUCAGCAAGACUCCUACUAAGACUCCUAUCAAGCAGUCUCCAAAGGAUCACAACAGAUAA